UGAUUGACAUUCCUGAACAAAAGAUUAUACAUAAUUUUUAUUAAGAGUGAUUUUCUUAUGUUGAGUUUUUAAUUGGCUUUUGAUUUUUAUUUAUAUAAGCAAAUAUUAAUAUGGAUUGAAAUGUGUAGCAAAGAAAUCUCUCUCUCAGUGCUUCUUCUUAAAUCAAACUAAAUCAUAAACACAAAAGAAGACUGCGUUAUUGUAUUGAUUUUUUUCAAGGGCAAAACAAAAUUUUGAAUAAAGUAUAAGCACGGUUGCCUAGUAACUAAAUCUUCCUGCCCCCACCACAACGUAAAUAAACUCAAGUUGUGAGAAAAGCUGUAACGAUGAGUGCAAAACGACGCCCCUUGACCGCAAAUAGCCAAGCACCUAAUGAAUGCGUACAGGUUGUUGUUCGUUGUCGGCCGAUGAGUAAUCGGGAAAGAUCUGAAGGUACAACUGAAGUAGUAAAUGUGUUUCCAAAUCGUGGUGUGGUAGAAAUUACAAAUCUCGUUGAUGUAAAUAAGGAGCAACGUAAGGUGUUUACGUAUGACGCAGCGUAUGAUGCAGGUGCCACACAGACCAACCUCUACAAUGAAGUUGUAUUCCCAUUGGUUAGUUCUGUUUUGGAAGGAUUUAAUGGCUGCAUAUUUGCUUAUGGACAAACUGGUACUGGAAAAACUUUCACCAUGGAAGGUGUACGCGGCAACGAUGACUUAAUGGGUAUCAUUCCACGUACUUUCGAACAAAUAUGGCUACACAUAAAUCGCACCGAAAACUUUCAAUUUUUGGUGGAUGUAUCCUAUUUAGAAAUUUACAUGGAACAAUUGAGGGAUUUACUUAAACCAAAUAAUGUAUCAGGAAAACAUUUAGAAGUACGUGAACGUGGUUCUGGUGUUUAUGUACCAAAUUUACAUGCAAUUAAUUGUAAAAGUGUUGAGGAUAUGAUCAACGUUAUGCAACUUGGAAACAAAAAUCGUACUGUUGGUUUUACCAAUAUGAAUGAGCAUAGUUCCAGAUCGCAUGCGAUAUUUAUGAUUAGAAUUGAAAUGUGUGAUAUUGAAACAAAUACCAUAAAAGUUGGAAAGUUAAAUCUGAUCGAUUUAGCUGGUAGUGAGCGGCAGUCUAAAACAGGUGCUUCUGCAGAGCGUUUAAAAGAAGCUAGCAAAAUCAAUCUUGCAUUGUCAUCACUGGGAAAUGUUAUUUCUGCUUUGGCUGAAAACUCUCCCCAUGUUCCCUAUCGUGACUCGAAAUUAACUCGACUUUUGCAAGAUUCCUUAGGAGGCAACUCAAAAACAAUUAUGAUUGCUAACAUAGGUCCUUCAGCUUAUAAUUAUAAUGAAACUUUAACAACAUUAAGAUAUGCUUCUCGAGCUAAAACUAUACAGAAUCAACCAAUUAAGAAUGAAGACCCUCAGGACGCUAAAUUGAAAGAAUACCAAGAAGAGAUAGAACGUCUUAAACGUUUGAUUGCGCCUAAACAACAUAAAGAGAAGUCAAUUAAAAAACGCGUCAAGAAACAAAAGAAAGAAAAAGUGAGCCGCGAACUGGAGGAGUCUAUCACUAGUGAAACACAAGAGAUUGAGGAGAGUGAUGAGGGAGAGUCAGAUAAAGAAAAUGACGUCGAUGAAGCCAAGUCGAAUGAAGAAUUGGAGCGCGAACGUAUCGAAAAUGCAAAAUUAGCAACAAAGUUAGCUGAGCUUGAAUCACAGUUAGUACGUGGUGGCAAAAACUUGCUAGACACCUAUAGUGAACGACAGAUUGAGCUUGAGAAAAAACUUGUCGAAAUUGCAGAACGUAAGAAAAGAGAGAUUGAAAUACAGCAACAAUUAGAGUUGCAAGAAGAAACAACCUUAGAAAUACGAGAAACUGUAACAUCAUUGGAACAAGAAGUGGAACUCAAAAAACGAAAACUGUCGAAAUGUUAUGCUAAGUAUUUAGCACUACAACAAGAAUUAAAUGAUUGUAAGUUUGAUCACAAUCAAGAUCUACGUGAACUUGAAAUGGCACAAAACGAACUAGUCAAAGAACUCAAAAGGCAGCUACUUAUAAUUGAUAAUUUCGUACCAGUAGAAGUCAAGCAACGGCUUUAUACUCAAGCAAAAUAUGAUGAAGAGCAAGAAGAGUGGAAAUUUUCCUCUUUACCUCUAUGUAAUGACAGUAAUUUCUCAAACAAGAGACCAGUAUCACAUCACGAAAGAAGACGUCCUGUCUCAGAAUAUGCGCUUACGGAAUCUAAAUGUAAUUCUACGAAUGCGUUGCGUUUCAAAAGUGAAAACAUUGUUUCAUAUGAAUUGGAAAUGCCUUGUCGUACUACACAAGAAUAUCGAACUCCGAAGGUAUCUGCAUCUUUGCAAGCUGUUUUGGCACAGGCUAUGCAAACUGGAGAAGAUAUUGAUAUUGUUGACUCACAUAAGAAUUCAAUACGUAGUCGUUUAGAAAACAUAAUAAAUGCAAAUGCUAAUGCGACAGCACCAAUAUCGAAUGGAACUGCAGUAAAUGCUAUUUACAAUACUCCAUCAACUCCUGGAGUAAAAAGUAUGAAAACAAGUCGUGGAACAGUACCCAGUUCAGCAAUGGAAUCGAACAGACGUCCUCCCACUGGUCGUGCACAACCAAAAAAGCCUGCAUCUGCUUAUCCCAAAGCAAGAGGACUUGUCAACAAAUAAAACGCAAACUAACUGAUCAAAAAUUGCUUUUAAUCUUUUACCCUAUAUUUUACGCUCAACUUUACACAAAUGCUUAGUCAAAAUACUUCAUUUUAACUACUAUUUAUUAAUGGAAAUGUAAUGUCAACAUUUGAACAAUUAGAAGUUAAGUGCUUUAGUAUGUUACAGUAUAAUGUAUUCUUUAUGUUUUUGUUUUUUGAAAUUGUAUUUUUUAUGUAUGUUGUUUGUUUUUUCUACUAUUUACAUUGUUAUUAUUUAUUGUCUGUAUGGAAUGUGUUGAUGAUAGUCCAAAAAAUUAGCUUAUUUUUGAAGAUACCGCAAAAGGCCUGGCCGAACUGCUAGAUGCCUGCAUAUUAACCUCGAAUAACAUUGUUCUAUUUAAGUUUUUAAUAAAAAUAUUUAAGUGAACACGCACUGUGCAAUUAAAUGAUGUACCAAAAUUACUUUAGUCAUUAUCCACAAAUAAUUUGUGAUGCUUUAAUAAAAAAUAAAAUCAAAACA